AUGUUGAAUUACAAUGACAACGACCAGACCAUUCUGGCGUUCUACGGUUCCUCAGUUCUAGAACCUCGGUCACUUGCUGAUUUCAAGAACCAGAAGGAUUUACUUCCCCCAGACAACUUGGAUCAAUUGUCUCCAGAAGAGCUGUGCGUUGUCUUAGCCAACUUUUUGAAGGAUGCGGACAAUAUAAACGCUUCGGCAUAUCAAUUUGGCGGAGAAGAUAUGAAGGAUCCGUUAACAGGUCAGGACUUGGUGAAUCUUUUGUUACGAAAGGGGGCGAUCGGCUCAGAGAACGACCUGGCGUUGUAUAAGUACGUGGUGUCCUCGCAAAUGUUCAAUUCCCAAUCGUAUUUGUCUGUUGUUCAUAAGGAUACUCCAAUGGAGAAUCUCGUUGCAUCACUCGAUAUGCUUGACAGGAGCAUAAGAAGCCAGACCUCGCAGUUGAAGUCGGUACUUAACGAGAACUAUACCAGUUUUGUCGAUUGCAAGCAGUAUAUCGAUGAUAUUCUUGUCUCGUUCAAGGGUUCAAAAACAAGAGCACAAAAGGAAAGCGAGAAAUCUAGAGUUUUCAACCCCAAUUCAAGAUGGAACAAGAAACUUCAGGCUGGCGAGAACAUUUCAUCGCAGUUGGAGGAGUCAAUUAACAACUUGAACUUGUCAUCUUCUCUCAUGAUACGUCCUAUCAUGGAGCACAAUGCUAAAGAAUCCAAAGUUGCAAAACUCAUUGCUUUCAUACAGAAGAAUAAGUUCUUCUUCGAUCUUCCUAAAAACCUUGUGGAAUAUCUUUCUGUCCAUAACCACGACCAAUUCAUUGACGACUAUAACACUUUUUUGAAAGAGAAGGAAUACAUCUACCAUAGGAGGGAGAAUGCUUUGAAGAAAGCUCAAAGCACAAAUGAUGAAUCUGAGGUUAAGAAAGUUGAGCAAGAGUACACCCUAUAUUUCACUGUGCUUCAUCGCGUUUUUGGUGAGAUCGAAAAGAUUGCUGAAGAGUUUCGCAAAAAGGCAUUUCGUGAUCUUCUAUCGAUGGACCAUGAGGUGGCUGUUCGAGGAAAAACCAAUAAGUCGGCUCUGGAUAUUAAGUUUAUCGACCUUGUUGACAAGUUGCAUCGUCUCAAUAAAGAUUCAGAGAAGACUAAUCCGAUCUUGGACUUUUUGAAUGACCAACUCAAAAAGCUUCAAAAUGACUUAAGCUAUCAGGAUGAUAAGUUUGAAACGAAGUUUUCUAUGAUGCAAAAGAAGCUUUUGGAUUACAUCACAAGUUUGUCCAAUCGAAGAGAGGGAGGUUCCAAUGUCAGGCACAUUGAAGAGAAAUUUGACAACGUCGAAGAGUUUUUCGGUACCUCAUCUUCUGUGAAAUCUAGUAAUGUUGAUGAACUGAAGGAAGCCGCAAUCGCUGAGAUUUUCGGUAGCCCCGAUAACCUUGACUUAUCCAUCAUCAAUGAAACGUGGCUUGUGUUGCUGAACUACAUCAAGUAUCUCGAGGAGUUCUUUACAAACGUCGUACAGAAGUUUGUGAAGAACUACGUUCACUAUGCCGAUCCAAACAAUGGUUUCCAUGUUGACACUGAGGGUGCAUUGAGAACUGCGUUCUUUCAAAUGUGCAACAAUAUGGUAGCUCACGUUGUCAGUAUCUUCGAGUCUGAGGCUGAUGUCGACCAGAUGAAAGUGACUCCUGCCAGUUUCCCCAACUUCCUUCCGCACCAUACUAAUUCCCUUUCAACAAUAUUUCACUUGAGUGACAUUAACAGUCGAAUUGGAAGGCUCCUUACUAAGGUUGCCACAUAUGUGGCACAAAUCGGCAAUACUUCUAAAAGCCUUGAUACGAACAAGCAAAUAAAACUGCUUAAAGAGUCUUGUGCACUUAUCGAGCAAAGAAUUCUUGAAGCCAUUUGUGCCACUUGGGUCAAUGACUGCUCACAAUUUUAUGAUCUCGAAAAUUGGGACAAAUACAAAAUUGACGGUAAUUCAAAGUCCACGGUCUACACUAAGCUGAUGCAGAUUAUGCAAUACUACGAGAGGUACGUUCUCCGUAGAUUGUCAAUUUUGGUUUUUGACAGGAGCCAUAUUGGUGAUAGCGAUAUUAAGGUUGUUGCUGCGUAUCCAAGCAAACGAACAUUGGUGAGUCUUGAAAUUCAAUUUAUACGCAGCAUCAAUGUAUUGAUGGAUUCUAUCAUGAAAAAGUUUACUUCAACAAAAGCAGAGUUUAAUGUUGUGUACAACACUGCCAACCAUGACAUUGAUAAAGACAUCUAUAAAAUCAUGACCAUGAAUAAUUUCCAGAUUCUUGGUGAUGUGAUGUUCCCAUCUUUGAUAAGAAGAUUCGAUCAGCUAUUCCAGAAGGACUUGCACAAGCAGAAUUUGAAACUCUACGCAGAUCUUGACAAAGUUAAGAUUACAGUUUUGGAUGAGAUCAGUGAAAAUGAGAAGGCCUGGAUUGAGAAUAAGGUUAAAGACCACUUCGAAAGUUUAGAGAAGAAGGCCUUCCAAGAAGACUUUCAGGUUGAUCCUUUCGUGUAUGAGUGUUUGAUGCACUUUGUCAAGCUUGUCUAUAUUGUGAAGCCCAUUACUGCGGAGCAAAUUUUCAACAAUAUGGUUCACGAAUUACAAAAUCAUUUCUUGAAACAGUUUACCAUUUCCAUCAGGGAAGUGAAACAGAAGCAACACAUCAUCGUUCGGAUUUUGGGUAAUCUCAGGCUAGAUUUGGACUAUUUCAUAGAUGUUUUUGAAGCCAGUGAUAGUCUCAGACUUGACGAUUACUCCCUUUCAUUGGGGCGUGUUGCCGUGAAUGAGAUCAAAGAAUGUGAGAACAUCUUCACAGACCUCGACUACACAGACAAUGACAUUGAACAGGCGCUUAACCAAGCUGUUCACCAAAGUCAGAAGGAGUUUGCUUGUUUUGUAUGA